AUGAAUAACAAGCAUAAGCCGACGUACUCUCACAGCCCUAUCGCACUGAAGAAACAGCUGGAGGUCAUCGACCCAGACCUCAAAGUCAACGGCACGGCCCUCAGCAUCAAAAGUGGCGGCGGGGCCACAGGUGGCGGCGGGGCCGAGGUGGCGACGGGGCCGCAGGUGGCGACGGGGCCGCAGGUGGCGGCGGGGCCGCAGGUGGCGGCGGGGCCGCAGGUGGCGGCGGGGCCGCAGGUGGCGGCGGGGCCGCAGGUGGCGGCGGGGCCGCAGGUGGCGGCGGGGCCGCAGGUGGCGGCGGGGCCGCAGGUGGCGGCGGGGCCGCAGGUGGCGGCGGGGCCGCAGGUGGCGGCGGGGCCGCAGGUGGCGGCGGGGCCGCAGGUGGCGGCGGGGCCGCAGGUGGCGACAGGGCCGCAGGUGGCAACAGGGCCGUAG